GGUACCCAUCUCAUCAACCAAAACAUCAAACAAGAGCUCUUGUGCAAAUAGUGCGCAUUGGAAUGCGAUAUAAUUCACAUCUGGUUAGUUACCGUGCCAGGAAAGUGAACAUCGUAAACUAGUCAGCAGAAGUGUGUACCCGAUACAAUAUACGAUGUCUCUGCUAACCCGCUUCCGAGGGUUGUCCAGUAUCCUUCAGCAGUUCAAGGUCAGCUACUCCAGUGCGGCUACGGCGGCCAAACUCCAGGAACUAGCCCUGGAAGAAAACUGCAUCUUGGUGAACGAAAAUGACCAAUCGCUGGGGAAUGCCUCUAAACGGGACUGCCACCGAGUAGACGACAAGGGUAACAUCCGGCUGCAUCGGGCGUUCAGCGUGUUUCUGUUCAACUCCAAGGGCGAAAUGUUGCUGCAGCGAAGGUCUACCCACAAGAUAACAUUUCCCGAUUGUUAUACGAAUGCAUGCUGCAGUCAUCCAUUGCACGAUAUCGAAGGUGAGCGAGAAGAACUCAAUGCGUUGGGAAUUCGACGAGCUGCCCAGAGAAGACUCAACUACGAAUUGGGAAUCCCUCUUAGCCAGGUUCGCCCAGAGAACUUCCAUUACCUAACGCGAAUUCACUAUGCCGACAAAGGUGACGGUGUGUGGGGUGAACAUGAGAUCGACUACAUUCUGUUCCUUCAAAAGGACGUAGAAUUGAAGCCGAACGAGAGUGAAGUCAGCGAAGUACGCUACAUUCGACGAGACCAACUGGAUGCGCAGAUAUCCGGGUUGAACGCUCCCCUGACGCCGUGGUUUCGACUGAUCCUGAACCACCGGCUAAAGUUGUGGUGGGAUAAUCUACAUAGGUUGAAAAAGUUUCAGAAUCUCAACGAAAUCGAACGAUUUUGAGAGUAGAUGCAUAAGUGUUAGAAUGCUAAUGGCACUCCAGAUUUUGUUAUUAAUAGGUAUGUUUUGUUAGAGUCGGUACAUGUCACUCGGUAUUUUUUGUGUCAGAUGUGCAUAUUAUUUUUAUCACUGUAGCCCAAUUUUCAUACUUAAGAACAAGCAAUUCAAAACAAUAAAUUUGACAUUAAAGAUACCGAUGCGGUAUGCAGUCUCCAGUAGCGAUGGCGGGCAUAGAAAAGCUUUCAAUUGAUAACUGAGGAAAUGCUAAUAGCAUACUAAGUUGAAAAGCAAGCCAAGUUCCAGCUGGAAUGUAGAGCCAUUGAAGAAGAAGAAGAUGGGAUAAUAGUGCCUCUAGCGUUCUAACACUUAUGCCUUACCUAUUUUUAAUGUCAUCACAAGGUUGCUAUUUUAGCGCAUCAACGGGGCAAUAUUCAAUGGGCAUUAUAAAACUAAAGACUAUUAAUGGGCAUUACAGCUUUGUUUAAAUGUUAUUCUGACGAAUAUUAAUGCACAUUUUAUGACUGAUAAAACAUUCGAAUAAAAAAGUUUUUUUUCCUGUAUGAAAAA